GCAUUUGCAGCCAGCUACAAUGGCAGUGGGAACUCGCCACUGAGAACGGGUGGCGGGGGAAACACGUGAAGCGCGGCCCAAACGGGGGGGCCGAGGGACAGGCGCCGAAAAGGGAAUCUGAGAUGAAUAGAAUCUUGAUCGCGGGUCGUCAGCGCGUCUCCGGAAAACAGAGGCAGCUGGCGGAUCUGGGCGUCGGACUGUGCUCGCUUCUGGCCUCUCCUUUUCCGGCGGUCGCUCCUGAGAGAAAUCCCUCCACACAUUAAAUAUGCCCCUCCGCACCCCCUCUCUGCCACUGCCCUCCCGCCUCUCCGGCCCUCCCCGCCGUCCCCGCCAUGCUGCACACCCUCUCCGGCUCCCUCGCCCUCGCCCACGAUGACGCCCUGUGCAUGUCCAAACACGCCGCGAGCGGCCCCCUCUACCUCCAGCAACCCUCUCUGGGCAUCAUCGAACUCAUCGAGGUGCCUCCGCCCCCGCGGCCACAGCACUCCCUUCCCGCUAGCUCCUUUAUGUCGUCUUCGUACGCAUCCUCCUCCUCCUCAUCCUCCAGCAGCGACGAGACGGCAGACGAGACGGCGUGCUCAUCUUACUGCUCCUCCGAUCCGGAGGAGGAAGUAAGCCGGGUGUCAGUGCCGGACGAUACAUACAAGACACGCCUGCAUCGUGUCCUCGUCUGGAGAGAAAAGCUGGUGAAAGCUCUGGGCGCGCCAUCCGCAGCGCCCCCACCCACUCCUUCACCACAGCUCAAGCGGAAAGCUGAUGACGAGGAGCCCGAGUCAGACGACGACACUGUGAGUGUCACCGCAUGCGCCUAUGUACCGAGAGAAUCAUUCUCACCUUACGUCGCACAGGCAUCCCAUUCGUCGAAGCGGUCGCGCUCGAGUGCCUCCCGGUCACAUGCGCGAUGGCCGCAGCGCACUGCGAGCGUCCACUCCUGCCCCGCAUGCGACGCGUCCUUUACCACGCGGCAGAGCCUCCAGCAGCACGCGUCGGAACCUUCUCCCAACGACGCGUGUCGAGCCGCGGUAGAGUACGACUUCGAGGGAUGACCCUUGCGCCGCCGCCCCACGCCCCUCCUUCUCGUCCACCUUCGAGUGCCCGUAUACCCGCAUCACGGCACGGAUCCUCGCAUCGCUUCCUGCAUUGAAGCCGCCUCGGCGCCAUAUUGACUAUGCGUAGAUUCGCAUAAUAGUCUACCGUACACGUCAUUAACCUGUCUAUUCUUAGUCAGUCUCUGUAUCUCUACCCUGUCCUGCUAUAAUCAGCUGAGAGCUUGUUACUGCGUUACCACACUUGUACAUUCUGUAAUAGUACCGAAGCGUAUACGCCUUCUAUUCAGGUUAUUGUCGAC